UACACGGCACACGGAGAGAGGCGUGAGAGAGAGUUCCGUGUGGUGGAUGAAAGAGCCAUAUGUGGCGGAGCACCAACUCCGGCGAAUCAACAAUUUUAUGCACCAUUUGUGUGUCAGUUGUCUCUGAGGCGCAGACAAGGCAAGUUCUGUUUCCAAGCUACCAUCUGCUCCCGGUUUGCUCCUUUCGUAAAAUUACGUAUCAACCACGCGCAAAGGUACAACCCGGCAAAACGGAAAAAAUAAAUAAAAUAAAAUAUCCUUCUGGAGGAUCAACUCCGUGUUUUAGCCACCCUUAAUAAUAAAAGUGUUUGGAUAAAUUAUUUUUGUGAGAUCUUUGGAUAUUAUUUAGCAGUGUGUGGAAAUUUAUUUCUUUUUUUUUCCAUCCUCCUUCGAAGUAUUUUAAUAAAUUAGUGUGGAUCCCUUGAGAGGGCCAACACACAACAGAGGACGCAUUAAUGAGUGUUUUUCACCAACUGUGGUGCUCCUUGUGAAAAAUUACUCCUAAUUAAUUUCAAUUGACUAUCACUGGAACGAAGCUCUCCGUGAAGGAGCAUUAAGAGUGGAAAAUUGUCUAUUUUUGGGGUAACCAACAAGGUGUAAGUGUUGAGUGCUUCUGUUGACUUGAGACGAAGACUGAGUGAGGAAAUCUCUUGUGGAGAAUCCCAGGAAAACAAAAAGAAAAUCCACCCACAUACGCGGCAAAAUUGAAUUAAUUUCCCAGAAGGAAGAAAAGUGUGUGAAAAAGGGGGUUGUGUUGCGAUAAUUCUCCCCGUGCUCUUUUCACCUUCACCAUUAAUUGCCACACAACACUUGAGACCGCAGUGUCGUCAUCAGAGAGCUCCUUUUGCCAGGUGAAUAAAAACUGCUGCACCGAAGCAUUCUCUCCAGAAGAAACUUUUUCAUCUGCUUUUGUAUACUGACGAAGCUAAAGGAAAUUCCCCAAAUAUACGCAUAAAUUACUACCAAGACAAACAUUUUGGAUUUCAGGAUUGAACUCAAUUCGAAGAAUCAAAAUGCGGAGUUGGAGGAGCCUGGUGGUCAUUUUGAUCGUUGGUGCGUGUUUGAUUGAAGGCAAAUACAGAGAUAGGGAUUCAAAGCGCCAGAGGCCACACCUCUUCUCGCCACCAUCCACCGCAGCCAGUGUGAAUCUCUGUGAGAAGAUCCCCCACAUGAAGUUGGUGUGCCACUGCACCCAUGGGAAUAGUAGCGAAGUCCUCGUGGCCGAUUGUUGGAUUUUCAAUCCGGACGUCCCACGCAAAGACCCCAUCUGGGGUGCUUUCUACCCCCAUACCUCCAUUGAGGUGCUCAAGUUUAGUGUCUACAAACCCGGAAAUCUCACAUUUAUCCCAACGGAGAUUGUCCACCAUCUGCCAAAUCUCACGGACUUUUCCAUACAGUAUGCUCAAGUUCCGGAAAUUGGGAGCUAUGCUCUGGCAAAUAGGAGUCACCUCACGCGGGUGGAAUUCAAUAAUUGCUCUGUGGUUGUACUUAGGCGACAUGCAUUUGCUCAUCAUCCAGCCCUCUUGGAAAUCAAUCUGAAAUUCAAUCAAAUUGUAGAAAUCGACCGGCAUGCUUUUAGCAAUCUUCCAAAUCUCGAAAGAUUGCUCCUGGGCUACAAUAACAUCACAAGUCUCCACGAUGAGGUGUUUAUCCACCUGAGUAAGCUGGCUGAGCUCUAUUUGCAGAACAACUUAAUCACCAUCCUCAGCCGGGAGGUGUUCAAGGGACUCGGAAAUCUCAAUGUUCUCAGCCUUUCGGGGAACAAUAUUAACUUUUUGGGUGACACCGUCUUUGCUGAACUAUGGAGCUUGGAAGAAUUGUAUCUGGACAGCAAUCGCAUUGAUAAAAUCUCCGAGAGAGCUUUCGAUGGUUUGAAUAACCUCAAACGGCUCAACUUGCGACACAAUCGUUUGGUGACAUUGGAGAAGGGUAUCUUCAUUGUCGUACCAGCCCUCAAGUCUCUCUACUUGAAUGACAAUCAACUGGAGACACUCACUUAUAACAACUUCCUCCCCAUCUGGGACAACCUGCUGAAGGAUGACAGUGUUCUGGGAAUUUCUGAUAACCGAUUUACCUGUGACUGCCGUUUGCUGUGGAUUUUUGAGCUGAAGAAUCGCACACAGAAUGAUGAACUACGACGGAGUCUUCAGGAUGUGGAGUGUGUGCUGUACGAUAGGAAUAGCGUACCUGAGGAAAUCUUCACGAAUGCCGUUAAGGAGAAGAACGACCGGGUUCCAGGUGAUUACUACGACGAUGCUGGGUACGAUAAUCAAGAUGAUACCUUUGUCUUGGAUCACCGUGAUGUAUUCGACGAUGGGCAGAAGGUGCAACUUCUUCGUUUUGGUGCUGAAAAUCUACCCUGCCCCGAAGAGUUGAGUGACCCAACAGAGGUUCCAAUGUCACGUGAAUCCAUCGGAAUGGUAGACAUGGGACUGUAUUCGAGUGCAUCCUCCUGGAAACUCAUGGCUGUAUCACUUUUUGCCAUGCAGACGCUCAUUGUGGCCAUUCUGUGCUAAUUCCGGCCACGUGGCAACUUUUCAUCCUUGAGCCUCAACGGCCAAGGUGAGUUCCUUCAGCAAGCUCUCCUUUGUACAUAGUCAAUCGCUAUAAGGUGGUCAGUAGAUAGGCUUAAUUUAUUUCAUCAUCCCCCUCUCCUGUAUCUUCUCCUCUAACCAUGGAGACACUUUUCCGUGGGAAAUCCGAUUAUGUUCCCACAAGAGAAAAAAAACCAAUCCUCAACUCUUCCCGCUCGCAUCAUGAAAAAUCGAUUUUUCUCUAUAUCCUAUGACUCUAUCUAUUCCUUCCUCAUCUUCAUGGUGCUUUUUGUCACUAUAAGCACGAAAGGUAAACUUGGAUGUGCGAUAAUGCCAAAAGAAAAAGAAACUUUCACAACACUAUAAUACGAUAAAAUAAUCAUAAUUUGUGUGAGGGAUGAAGUGAUUAAUUAUUUUUAUAAAACACUAAAA